ACAGUUUCGCUUUAUGUUUAAUGCUGUGUGGAUGAAUUAAUUCUUGGCUUUUUUUUUUCCUCUAUUUUGAUUAACAAUUUAACCGGCGUUCAAAUUUUAGGAAUUAAUUUAAUUUAGUUAUAUUUUUGUUGGUGUGUCAACACUUGUUACCAACACCAUGAGUUUCAUUACGGACUCAAAGGCUCCUUUGAAGGAGGUUAAACGUAUACAAUUUGGUAUACUUAGUCCGGAGGAAAUCAAAAGGAUGUCGGUUACAGAAGGUGGUAUUAAAUAUCCUGAAAUUUAUGAAAAUGGAAGACCAAAGCUUGGUGGUUUAAUGGAUCCAAGACAAGGUGUUAUUGAUAGACAAUCAAGGUGUCAAAGUUGUGCUGGCAAUAUGACUGAAUGUCCUGGUCAUUUUGGUCACAUUGAAUUGGCAAAACCAGUGUUCCAUUGUGGAUUUUUGAACAAAAUUCUCAAGGUUCUUAGAUGUGUUUGCUUUUACUGUUCAAAACUUUUAGUCUCUCCAAAUAAUCCAAAAAUCAAAGAGAUUUUAAAUGAAACCCGUGGUAAUCCAAGGAAACGUUUAGCUCAUGUUUAUGAUCUCUGUAAAAGUAAACAUAUUUGUGAGGGUGGUGAUGAUAUUGAUCUUAAAUCUAAAGAGAUGGAUUAUACUGAGGUUGCUGAAAAUGAGUCUAAAAAACUUGGACAUGGUGGUUGUGGUAGAUAUCAACCAACUUUACGUCGUGUUGGCCUUGAACUUUUUGCUGAAUGGAAACAUCUUAAUGAAGAUAGUCAAGAGAAAAAGAUUAACCUUACCGCUGAAAGGGUACACGAAAUUUUCAAACACAUAUCAGAUGAAGAGUGUAUCAUCAUUGGUAUGGAUCCAAAAUACGCUAGACCUGAUUGGAUGUGUAUCACCGUUCUUCCUGUGCCACCAUUAGCCGUUAGACCAGCAGUUGUUAUGUUUGGUUCUGCUCGUAAUCAAGACGAUCUUACUCACAAAUGUUCUGAUAUAGUUAAAGCUAAUAAUGAACUUCUUAGGAAUGAGCAAACUGGUGCUCCUGCAUCAAUCAUUACCGAUAUAACCAAUUUACUCCAAUAUCAUGUUGCAACCCUGAUAGACAAUGAACUUCCUGGUAUACCAAGGGCUAUGCAAAAAUCUGGUAGACCUUUAAAAUCAAUUAAACAACGAUUGAAAUCAAAGGAAGGUCGUAUUAGAGGUAAUUUAAUGGGUAAACGUGUUGACUUUUCUGCUCGUACCGUAAUCACACCAGAUCCAAAUUUACGUAUUGAUGAAGUUGGUGUUCCUCGUUCAAUUGCACAAAAUUUAACUUUCCCCGAAAUAGUAACACCUUUUAACAUAGACACAAUGUAUGAUUUGGUUCAGCGUGGUAAUAAUCAGUACCCAGGAGCAAAAUAUAUCAUUCGAGAUAAUGGUGAAAGAAUCGAUCUUAGAUUUCACCCUAAAUCAAGUGAUCUUCAUUUGCAAUAUGGUUACAAAGUUGAAAGACAUAUUCGAAAUGGUGAUAUAAUUGUUUUCAAUCGACAGCCAACUUUGCAUAAAAUGUCUAUGAUGGGCCAUAGGAUUCGUGUCCUUCCCUGGUCAACCUUCAGACUUAAUCUCUCUGUAACAACUCCCUACAAUGCUGAUUUUGAUGGUGAUGAAAUGAACAUGCAUGUACCCCAAAGUUUAGAAACCAAAGCCGAGAUUGAACAAUUAGCCAUGGUACCAAGAAUGAUUGUUACCCCUCAAUCAAAUAAACCAGUAAUGGGUAUUGUGCAAGACACUUUAACUGCUGUUAGAAAAAUGACCAAAAGAGAUGUUUUCUUGACCGAGGAACAGUUCAUGAAUCUAUUAUGUUUCUUGCCCACUUGGGACGGUAAAAUGCCGAUGCCAGCAAUCAUUAAACCUCAGCCUCUUUGGACUGGCAAGCAAAUUUUUAGUCUUAUUAUUCCUGGUAAUGUAAAUUUAAUUCGUCAUCAUGAUACACAUCCUGAUGAUGAAGAUGAUGGCCCAUAUCGUUGGAUAUCUCCAGGGGAUACCAAAGUUUUAAUUGAACAAGGAGCACUUCUUUCGGGUAUUGUUUGCGCCAAGACCGUUGGAAAAUCUUCCGGUUCAUUGAUGCACGUUGUCUUUAAUGAACAUGGUCACGAAAUCGCUGGUGCUUUCUAUGGUCAUAUUCAAACUGUGGUAAAUAAUUGGCUUUUACUGGAAGGACAUACAAUCGGUAUUGGUGACACUUUCGCUGAUCCAGCAACUUACUCUGAUAUCCAAGGUACCAUUCGAAAAGCUAAACAAGAUGUGAUAGAAGUAAUCGAAAAAGCUCACAACGAUGAAUUAGAACCAACUCCUGGUAAUACUUUGCGACAAACAUUUGAAAACCAAGUUAACCGUAUUCUUAAUGAUGCUCGUGACAAAACUGGAGCUUCUGCCCAAAGAUCACUUUCCGAGUAUAAUAAUUUCAAAGCUAUGGUCGUCGCGGGUUCCAAAGGAUCAAAGAUUAACAUUUCUCAGGUUAUCGCCUGUGUAGGUCAACAGAACGUUGAAGGUAAACGUAUACCAUUUGGUUUUAGGAAAAGAACAUUACCUCAUUUCAUCAAAGACGAUUACGGUCCAGAAAGUAGAGGUUUCGUUGAAAAUUCUUACCUCGCUGGUUUAACUCCAAGUGAAUUUUUCUUCCAUUCAAUGGGAGGUCGUGAAGGUCUUAUUGAUACCGCUGUAAAAACCGCUGAAACUGGUUACAUCCAAAGAAGAUUGAUAAAAGCUAUGGAGUCCAUCAUGGUUGCUUAUGAUGGAACCAUUCGUAAUUCAAAUGGUCAAGUUAUCCAAUUCCGUUAUGGUGAAGAUGGUUUAGAUGCUACUGCCGUUGAAUCUCAAUCAUUACCCACUCUUAAACCGAACAAUAAAGCAUUCGAACAGCGUUUCAAAUUUGAUGGUGCCAAUGAAAGAUAUUUAAGGAAACUAUUCACUGAAGAUGUGGUCUCGGAACUGCUUGGAAGUACCACUUCACUUUCAGAAUUGGAAAAAGAGUGGGAACGUCUUCGUCGAGAUCGUGAAACUUUACGUGAAAUUUUCCCAACAGGUGAUAGCAAAGUAGUUUUACCAUGUAAUUUACAGCGUAUGAUCUGGAAUGCACAAAAAAUAUUUCAUGUUAAUCUACGUGGUCAAACUGAUCUCAGUCCUUUACGAGUUGUCGAAGGAGUUGAAGAUCUUGUCAAAAAAUUAAUUAUUGUAACAGGAGAUGAUAGACUUUCCAUUCAAGCAAAUGACAAUGCUACUAUUUUAUUCAGAGCUUUAUUAAGAUCAACAUUAUGUACCAAAAAAGUUGCAGAAGAAUAUCGAUUAACAACCGAAGCGUUUGAUUGGUUAGUUGGUGAAAUUGAAACUCGUUUCCAACAAGCACAAGUACAACCUGGUGAAAUGGUCGGCGCCUUAGCAGCUCAAAGUUUAGGAGAACCAGCUACUCAAAUGACACUUAACACAUUCCACUACGCUGGUGUGUCCGCUAAAAAUGUCACCCUUGGUGUACCUCGACUUAAAGAAAUUAUCAACGUCUCAAAGAAACCAAAAACACCCUCGCUCACCGUUUUCUUGACUGGUGCGGCUGCAAGAGAUGCCGAGAAAGCUAAAGAUGUCCUUUGUCGCCUCGAACAUACAACAUUAAGAAAAGUGACCGCCAACACUGCCAUUUACUACGAUCCUGAUCCUCAAAAUUCAGUGAUUGUUGAAGAUCAAGAGUUCGUUAACGUUUAUUACGAAAUGCCUGAUUUUGAUACCUCAAGAAUUUCUCCUUGGCUACUUCGUAUUGAAUUAGAUCGUAAAAGAAUGACCGAUAAAAAGCUAACCAUGGAACAAAUUGCCGAGAAAAUCAAUGCAGGUUUUGGUGAUGAUCUUAAUUGUAUUUUCAAUGAUGACAACGCUGAAAAACUGGUUCUUCGUAUCAGAAUUAUGAACGCAGAUGAAAAGAUGGAAGAUGAAGAGCAAAUUGACAAAAUGGAAGAUGAUGUUUUCCUCAGAUGUAUUGAAGCUUCUAUGCUUUCCGAUAUUACACUUCAAGGAAUUGAAUCAAUCAUAAAGGUCUACAUGCAUCUACCAACAACCGACAACAAAAAGCGAAUCAUUCUAACCGAAACUGGAGAGUAUAAAGCGGUCGCUGAAUGGCUUCUCGAAACCGAUGGAACCUCUUUGAUGAGAGUUUUAUCCGAAAGAGACGUGGAUCCAGUUCGUACUUAUUCUAAUGACAUUUGUGAAAUUUUCCAAGUUCUUGGUAUUGAAGCUGUUCGAAAAGCUAUCGAAAAGGAAUUGAAUCAUGUAAUUUCUUUCGAUGGUUCUUAUGUAAAUUAUCGUCACCUUGCUUUACUUUGUGAUGUCAUGACUGCUAAAGGUCAUCUCAUGGCCAUCACUCGUCAUGGGAUCAAUAGGCAAGAUGUUGGUGCCUUAAUGAGAUGUUCUUUUGAAGAGACUGUCGAUGUUUUAAUUGAAGCAGCAGCACACGCUGAGGUUGAUUAUCUCAAGGGUGUUUCUGAGAACAUUAUGGUUGGACAAUUGGCAAAAAUGGGCACCGGUGCCUUCAGUAUGUUGCUUGACCCCGAGAAAUGUAAAUACGGUAUAGAGAUUCCUAUGCAUCCAGUUGGAUUGAUGGCUGGACCGGGUAUGUAUGCAACAGCUGACAGUCCAUCAGCUUCAAUGACUCCCUGGAUGCAAGGAGCUACUCCAGGUUACCAAACAUCUUAUGGUGGGGUUGGAGCAUCAAUGACUCCUGGUGGUGCAGCUUUCUCACCCUCGGCUGCGUCUGAAGUUAGUGGUAUGAGCCCAGGAUUCAGUCCUUCAUGGCCAUCGCCAAGUCGUGGUGGAUCACCAAGUUCUCCGUCGCCUUAUAUUCCAAGUCCCGCUGGUGCAAGUUCUCCCACAUACUCACCAUCUUCGCCAGCUUAUGCUCCAAUGUCUCCAGCAAGUCCUGGCUAUUCACCUACAAGCCCUUCAUAUUCACCAACGAGUCCAAAUUACUCGCCAACAUCACCCAAAUACUCUCCCACAAGUCCUAAUUAUAGUCCAACGUCUCCCAAUUAUUCACCCACUAGCCCAUCUUAUUCUCCCACGAGUCCAAAUUACUCGCCAACAAGUCCCUCCUAUUCACCUACAAGCCCUUCAUACUCUCCAACGAGUCCAUCUUACUCACCAACUUCUCCUUCCUAUUCCCCCACCAGUCCCAGUUACUCACCCACUAGCCCUUCGUACUCCCCUACAAGUCCAUCAUAUUCACCGACUUCUCCCUCAUAUUCACCAACUUCUCCUUCCUAUUCCCCAACAAGUCCCAGCUACUCACCCACCAGCCCUUCAUACUCUCCAACGAGUCCCUCCUAUUCACCUACGAGUCCAUCAUACUCACCAACCAGUCCGUCUUAUUCACCAACAAGCCCUUCAUAUGCUCCUACAAGCCCCUCUUACUCUCCCACUAGCCCUUCAUACUCUCCAACAAGUCCAUCAUACUCUCCAACGAGUCCAAGCUACUCACCAACGAGUCCAGCUUACUCUCCAACCAGCCCGAGCUACUCACCUGGAAGUCCAAGCUACAGCCCUGGAAGUCCCAAAUACACCCCCAGUAGCCCCAAAUACAGUCCAUCAAGUCCGAAAUAUAGCCCAACCAGUCCAAGCUAUUCACCGGUGGCCAGUCCUCGGUAUUCACCAACCAGCCCCAACUAUUCACCAAGUUAUUCACCAUCAUCUCUUAAAUAUAGUCCAACAUCUCCAACUUAUUCCCCCACAAGCCCAAAAAGCUCACAAUUUUCACCAACAAGUCCAUCAUAUUCACCAUCAUCACCUUCGUAUGAUCCAGGACAAGACGAAGAUGCCGAGUAAAUUUUGACUCAAGAAAACACUAAAAAAAUGAUUAAAACAUUAAAAUGAUAGGAUAAACAAUUGCAAAAAAAAACUUUCAAACAAAACAAAUUCUAAAAAAAAUCAAUCACAAACAAAAUGAUUAACAAUUAAACCCUUUUACCAAAUCCUGAUCAUCAACACAAACUUCGAGAUGAAGCAACAAUUGCCAAUCUUUGUUUGAUUUCUUCAAUAAUGAGACAAAAAUAAUUUACUACAAUUAAAUUUCAUUAAGAAAAGAAAACAGAAAAAAUGAAACAAAAAAACUUAACAAUCUUCAACUUUAAUUAUCUUCAUCAAUUUUCACCUUAAAUUCAAUCAACACAAUUAACUAAUUGUAUAUAUUAGUGUAAUUUCAUUGCUAACAAUUAAUUAUCAAUAAAUGUUUUACUGUUUUCAACAUUUAAUCACAA